GGGGAGAGUUGUCGGUCCGUGACAUGAAUGAACCAUGUUCGGCAACGGAGGCUUAGCUCUCCCGGUGUGCUCCUUCCUGCUGCUGCACCUCCCGGUCCUCCCGAUCACCAGCGACCGGCCCGCCAAGAUCAGAGUCGAUUCAACAGCCGAUCUGUGAGAGUCCCGUCUCACAGAUCGGCAGAUAGAAGGUCGCACCAUUGACAGACUGGUGUUCGCUGGGGGCAUGAUGAAAAGUUCGCAGGCCGACAAACAGAACUGAAGGAUCGGCCGCAGCCCUCCUGACUGUUGGGCUGUGUGAAGGAGGCAACAUGGAGGAGGUGUUUCAGUGGUGGGGGGAGUGGUCCAGUUGGUCCUCUUGUUCCAGGAGCUGUGGAGGAGGAGUGAGGAGUCAGGAGAGACACUGUCUCAUACAGAGGCUGUCAACCACACAGAACAACAGCUCGUAUUGUGUCGGCUCUCCUAAACAGUACCAGCUCUGUCCAAACCAGCCCUGUCCCAGCCCCAGUGUCAGCUUCAAACAACAUCAGUGUUCCCAAUUUAACUCUAAAGCCUUUGGAAGAAGAUACUACCAAUGGGUGCCUCUUUACCCAGCUGAUUACAUCAGCAUCUCCAAUAAGCCAUGUGACCUGCAGUGUACAACCAUCACUGGUGAGCGACAGCUCCUAGUUCCUGCCCACGAUGGAACAUUCUGCCGCGACACUAAAUACCACGGAGUCUGUAUAGAGGGAAUAUGUCAGCCUGUGGGUUGUGACGGAGAGCUGUACAGCAGCAAGACAGUGGACAGAUGUGGAGUAUGUGGAGGCAACGGGGCGUCAUGCCAGCGCAUCUCCGGAUCAUACAGGACGGCACUCACACAGUUAGGCUACGUGUUCAUCACCAACAUCCCAGCUGGAGCCACCAACAUUCAGAUCAUAGAGAGACACAAGACUGAGAACAUCCUGGCCCUGUCGGACGAACACGGUCAUUUCUUCUUCAAUGGGAACACGGUGUUUGACAACCCUCAGAACUUCCGCGUGGCAGGAACUGUGUUUAAAUACCGACGUCCAGGCAACGUCUUCUCUGAUGGGCUGGAGUACAUGAUCGCACAGGGACCAACACUGCAGGGCCUCAAUGUUAUGUACUACAACUUGAAUGGGAAGCUCCCCCACAUCACCCACGAGUACACCAUCCCCCUCCGGGCGUAUGACAUCACUGCGGAGGGUGUCACCCCAAGCCCUGGCCACUCCCACCUUAACUUCACCUAUAAUGAGGUACGUGAGGACAUCAGAGGGGAUCCGGCUGGGUUGUCGAACCACAGCAGAGGAAGUGUGACACCUCUCCAUCACUACAACGCCCAGCUGGGAGGCGAUGACCAAUCAGAUAUCCAGCUGCAGGAGGAGGAGGAGGAGGAGGAGGAGGAUGAGGAAGUAGUGUGGGAAAUCCGGACACCCAGCCCGCCACCGCCGGCGGCCAUUUUGGUCUACAGACCGGCUGAUGUCACCAGUCACGUGUUCAGCCACAAUGAUGUGGAGGAGCAGGGGCCUCCUGCACCGUCUGGCUACAGGACUUCCUCCAACUCCAUUGAUGAACCGUCCUCUGCUGACGAAAACUCUUUACUGCUCUCCUUCCCAGGUGUUCACUCUGCAACACUGCCUGAAGAGGCCCCCUAUCUGCUGCUGGAGGAGCUGCAACACAACCAGACGCACUCCAACACGCACACCCUCACACAGUCAAACACAUACUCCAUCAAACACACACUCGCUGAUCCUCAUUCAUCGGCAGAAACGCACACGGUCUUCACAGACGCACAAACACACUCAGACACACACUCUGUCACGCACGAGCAAACGGAUCCCGACGCGAACACUGCCGUCUUGGUGCAGCUGCAGCAGGUGUCUGCGGUCCAGGCAGCCAACACUGAGAGCAAUGACUUUGAUGUGGGUCUGGAUCCAGAGAUUAGUCUGGCAGACAUGUAUCGCUGGAAGGUUUCUGCUUAUGCUCCAUGCAGUUCAACCUGUACAACAGGUAUCACCACUAGCUAUGCCCUGUGUGUGCGUUAUGAUGGCACUGAGGUUGACGACAGCUACUGUGACUCUCUGACCAGACCUGAGCCCACACAUGAGUUCUGCUCUGGAAAGGAAUGUCCUCCAAGAUGGGAGACCAGCGGGUGGAGUGAGUGCUCCCGCACCUGUGGGGAGGGCGUUCAGUACCGCACCGUGCGCUGCUGGAAGAUGCUGUCGCCCGGUCUCGACUCGUCCGUCUACGACUCGCUGUGUCUUUCGCACGACCUGCACAAACCGGCCAACAGGAAGGUCUGCCUCGGCCAGAGCUGUGGGCCCCAGUGGGAGGUGUCUGAGUGGUCGGAGUGCUCAGCGCGUUGCGGCUCUCGGGGUGUUCGGACUCGGGAGGUUCGCUGCUCCAUGGAGAUGAGACUGUGCAACAAGUCCUCUCAGCCAAUAGAAAGUCAAGAGUGUGAGGGCCCGCCCUGUGACAGAAGAUGGACAGUUUCUGACUGGGGACCUUGCUCAGGUGUGUGUGGAGAGGGAAGGAUGGUCCGUGCAGUGACAUGUCGGUCGUCAGGCGGGGUAGUGAUGUCAGAAGAGCAGUGUGACCAAUCGCUGCGCCCGCUGGCCAUCUAUCCCUGCGGCGACAAAAACUGUGCCCCCCACUGGGUGGAGCAGGAAUGGCAGCAGUGUAACGCCACCUGUGGCCGCGGCGUGCGGCAGCGCCAGGUGGUGUGCGCCGGGCUAGAAGGGGGCGUGUUCAAAGACUUUCCAGAGAGUAGCUGUGAGCAGAGCAACAAACCAGACACCAGCUCCUCCUGCUUCCAGAGGCCCUGCUCCAAGUGGUUCACCACAUCCUGGUCCCAGUGCAGUAAGACCUGUGGGAGUGGAGUCCAGGUACGAGAAGUCAAGUGUUACCAGGGGGAGGAGCUGGUAACCAGGGGCCACAGCUGCGAUUCAGCCGCCAAGCCAGAAGCCCGACAGAGCUGUGAGAUCCAGAGCUGUCCAACAGAAGCACCAGCAGCGGCUCCAGCAGCGGCACCAGCAGCAUCCGUAGCCGUAGACGACUCCUGCCAAGACAAGCCUACAGCCAACUGUGCCCUAGUCCUCAAAGUGAAACUGUGUUCCCACUGGUACUACAGGAAGGCCUGCUGCCAGUCCUGUAAGGCGCCAAGACCCUGAAGUCUCCACUGUAACCCCCUCAACACCAACCACUGGUACCAACGGUCACCCGACAUUCUUUUUGGUGCUACACAAAAGCCUGCUGCUAGCAAUGUACGGCCUUAGGACAUCGGCAUUUACCUUAUUACUGUUAGCCUAUCACUGAUGUCAAAGGUCAAUCUGUUGUGUUAUCCCUUUACUCUUCUGCCCAGGAACUGCUCCUAAAAGUGAAUCCUUUUUUUUUUUUUUUAAACAGUAUCAUCAGUACUGAAGAUAAUACAAUCAGAGUGACUCCUCGCGCAAACACUACGACAUUAAUGUCGUUUUGCAGACAGUGUAAGGAGUAUUUUUCAACUGGACGUAGACACAACAUACAAACAGACAGAGGCACUGACCACCUCCUCCCCAGACAAUGUGAAGAUAAACUAGCUUUAGACACACUGACAUGUCUGUUCCUCUCGAACCAUUCUUUUGUUAAAUAUCCUUCCGCCAGUGUUUCCAGUAUUUCCAAUUGUAACUUUAUGGGAUAAAGAAACUGUCAAGGACUUUUCCUCUGUCAACCACUCUGAGUAACUCCCAUCCCCUUUUUCAAACGUCCUCUUCUGUAUAGUAAAUGUCUGUAAUCUA